CGAGAUGGCCGGAUCUUCUCAAUCGCGUUGGCUUUGUGCCCUUCCGCGGAACGGACCGCUUUGUGUUACGCUCACGUCACACCAGUCCUAGCUCAUUGAAAGAUGAUCGCUGCUAAGAGCCAGGUUGCGCUGGGCCGCCGUGCCCCCGUCCGCGGUCAGCGCGUUGUCGCUGCCGCGUCCGCUCGCCCCACCUGGCUGCCCGGCCUGAACCCCCCUGCCCACCUGAAGGGCGCUCUGGCCGGUGACAACGGCUUCGACCCUCUGGGCCUGGGCCAGGACGAGGGCCGCCUCAAGUGGUAUGCUGAGGCCGAGAAGACCAACGGCCGCUGGGCCAUGAUGGCCGUGGCCGGUAUCCUGGGCCAGGAGCUGCUGGGCGUGACCCCCGCUUGGUGGGAGGCUGGCGCUAAGGAGUACGACAUCCCUGCCCAGGCUCUGACCCCCAUUGAGUUCAUCGUGAUGGGCUUCCUGGAGAUUAAGCGCUACCAGGGCUUCAAGCAGACCGGCACUUCCGGCUUCAUCAACUCCUUCCCCUUCGACCCCGCUGGCAUGAACUCCCCGUCCAUGGCCACCAAGGAGGUCAAGAACGGCCGCCUGGCCAUGGUUGCCUUCAUUGGCUUCUGCGUCCAGGCCCUGGCCACCCGCACCCAGCCCAUUGAGGGUCUGACUGCCCACCUGGCUGACCCCUUCGGCAAGAACAUCACCUACUACCUGACCCACCUGCCCGAGACCCUGGGCUCCGCCUAAGCGCCUUCCCUCAACCCGUAUGGGGCUGACGGACUGAGCGGGCCGCCCGGCUGCCGGCGAGCUGCGCAUGCGGGCUUCGUGUCUGUUGUGGGCUGGAGCUCUGCCGCCGGCGGUCGAGUUUCCUUGAUGCCGGUGGAGUGCGUAGCGGUGGCAGCAGUGGGCAGCUGGUCAGCAGCGGAAACAGUCGUGGAGCUCAUGGAGCGACAGCAGCGGCUCAGGCAGGCGCACGGUGUCGGGGCACUAGUGCAGUGUAGCGGUCCGGGUGCCUGCUGUUCCCUUGGCUGCCGCGUGGCGUGAGCCCGGCGGCGGUACACUGGGGCGGCCGCAGCUGCUUGCGUCGGAGCCGGCGGCAGCAUGUCGGGCUAUGGGGUGCUGCGCGGCCGACAUGAAUUUUGUAUUUUCAGCAGCAUGGUCCGCUGCACAUGGCGACGCUGGCGCGGCAUGAAGCGCUGGGGCGCGAAUGGGCGCGCCGCGCUGGCUGCGCCAGAGUACGUGUGCGGCGUGCAGGGUUUGGACAGGCGGUGUCAGAACUAGGGUGGACAGGCGCCUGGCAACGGUCCGAAAUGCUCGGCAUGCGGUUUUUCGUUGGGCAGCCUGACAGCAUGUCGGGGCUUUCGUAGUGUGCCGUGCGGGUGCGCAGCGUGUGUGUUGGCCUUCACAGGCCCUCGAGAAGAAACAAUCCCUCAUGGUCGUCACUCGGCGACUAUCCUUGUAAAUCGCAAACUUGUUGCUUGGCUUACAUGGAGUUGAGGGACGGGGAUUGGAUGCGUUGGUCACAAUCUAGGGGUCUGUGCACAUGAAGGAUGGACGCCACCCGCUCUACCGCCACGUAUGAUGGACGGGCACAAGGGCCAUUGCGGCUGCAGCAGCGCGCGUGCACCCGACGAAGGGAAACGGGUAAGCGUCCAGACAGCCUGGCAGCCAUAAGCACGUGUGCUUUCGUGCAGGCAGCCAUCAUGGUACGCCCUGGUCUGGGGUGCUAUGCGCACACGAUGUCUUCCCCCCUGCCUCUCGCCCAGACCGUAGCAUGCACGGACGGUCAGGUCUAGUGGCUAGAGCAUCAAGUGCAAGAGACGGCUGCAUCCUCCAUCCAGCCCGCCUCAUAUCCCAGCCUCAAGUGGCUAAGGUUGCAGUUGCAGUAUGCAGACUUACAGCGGGUGGAUCAUGCGCAGGGCUUAUUACCGCACCUAACUUA